AUGCACAUCACAGCAUUCAUAUUGGCGGCGCUUUACACAACUGCACCCUGCUCUGGGGCGAAUGUUAAAAUUGGCGUCCCUGAAAACUACGAUGGCAUUUUUCCAUGGUAUCUGGCCAAGCUUCAAAGCUUGCCAAGUAAUUACAGUGACCUGGUUGUAAGAGGAGAUGAUGAAGGAAUAUUUGGAAUUGAUGUCCAGUUCUUGUAUGCUCUCAAACCACUGGACAGAGAGAAGCAGCCCUCUUACUCUCUACAGGUGUCCUUCCGAACAUCCUUGCAUCAUCAGAGCUUCACGGUUGAAGUGUGUGUCAUCGACAAGAACGACAACGUGCCUGCUUUCAUAGAGGAGAGCAUGAGAGGCAGCGUGCAGCUCGGGCUUCUUAAAGGGAUCCCAUUCAUGCAAGUGGAGGCGUCGGACCGUGACGACCGCAACACUGCCCAUGCUGAACUGCGGUUCAGCCUGAUGGAACAAACUCCCAGGAUCCCCUCCAGCCAAAUGUUCUUCAUUGACUCCAUCACUGGAGAGGUUUCUCUCACUGAGGAAGGUGCCUCCACUCUGGACCCGGAGAUGUGUGGACGGUACAAACUCUCAGUGAUGGUGAAGGACAUGGCAGGAAAGGUGAACGCCUUCUUCACGACUGGCAUCGUAACCGUGGAGGUGACGGGAAACACCUGGGCAUCUCCCGACCCGGUGCGGCUCCAGGAGAACCUGCCGGGCCCUUACCCCAUCCCCAUCUCACAGGUCAAAUGGAGUGGAAGCCAGGCAGAGUACAGUCUGGAGGGGGAGUUUCCAGAGAUGCUCUUCACCAUCAGCAGAGAAGGAGUCAUUUAUCUUAACGCCCCUCUGGACAGAGAGACACAAGACCAGUUCCAAAUCAGUAUCGUGGUUGAGCGCCCAGACGGCAGACAGAUUGCCAAGCCAGUGGAGUUGAGGGUGAUGGUGGGCGAUGCCAAUGAUAACAGACCCACUUUUCCACAAGCACAGUACCAUACUGUGGUAAAGGAGCUGGCUGCUCGAGGGACAGAAAUCCUGACGGUGCAGGCAGCCGACAACGACGAUCCAAAGACGGACAAUGUGCGGAUCUUCUAUCGUCUAAUUGGACAAAUUCCAGAGAGUCCUCGCGCCCUCUUCAGAGUGGACCGUGACUCAGGGGUCAUCUCAGUCCAGGCAGACAGCAUGGAGGGCACAGCGCCACAGUACACUCUGACCAUCACUGCUGAGGAUGCUAAAGGUCUGAACAGCUCCUGCACCGUGGUUGUGACCGUCCAGGACGAGAACAACAACCCGCCGGUCUUCUCCCAGCAUGAGUACGGACCCUUUCACAUCCCGGAGGACGCUCCGGUGGGCACCACGGUGACAGCUGUGCUGGCGGGGGACGCAGAUGUUCGAGGGGGAGACAGCUGGCAGGUGGACUACCGUCUCGAGUCUGGAAACGAGGAAGAGGUCUUCACAUUAGUGACAGAUAAGCAGACCAACGAGGUCUCGCUCGUGCUUUCAAAGGUUUUGGAUUUUGAGCGUGAGAGUGAGUACAUCCUGGUCCUCAGUGCCCAGAAUCCAGUGGCUCUGGUCCGUGGCCGAUACGGACCUGCAUCCACAGCCACAGUCUCUAUUUAUGUUGACGAUGUAAACGAGGGUCCGGUCUUGUCUCAAAGCCAUUAUGAGGUGACGGUCAGAGAGGGGGAGGAGCCCGGUCGAGUUAUUGCCACCAUCCGAGGUUACGACCCCGACUCCCACCCAAUAAGAUAUUCUCUUCAGGGAGACACAAAGAAAUACUUUUCAAUAGGGAAGUACUCUGGUGAACUUAAAACUGUGCAGGCCUUGGACAGAGAGGAGAACAGCACGUACACCAUGGCGGUCAUUGCGGUGGAUGCACGAAACGCUUCCUUAUCCGCCUCCACCCUGGUGACGGUCCAGAUCCUGGACGUGAACGACAACAGCCCCGUGCUGGUUGGAGAUUACUCCUGGAAGUACCUGUGCACUCCUCGCUGGGAGGACCAGGCUCUGGUGCUCGCUUCCCGAGACAGCGACGGUCCGCAGCAUGGAGGGAGGCUCAACUUCUCCCUCCGAAGUGAUGCCACAGUCCGACGAAACUGGAAACUAACGCCUAUAAAUGAUACUCACACCAACCUGUCUCUGAACAUCCCGUACCUGGCCCCGGAGGUCUACACCGUGCCCUUCACCAUCUCCGACAGCAGCUCUCCUCCCAGGAGCACCUUCAUAAACCUGCCAGUCACAGUGUGUCCCUGCAACGUCAGAGGAAACUGCAAAAUGGCUGCCAAACAGUUGCAGGGCAUGCCGACCAUUCAGUCCGCCGUGGGCAUCCUGCUCGGCACCUUCGCAGUCAUAGGGACUAUCCUCAUUGUUGUAUUUGUGAGACUCUCAUACCAGAACCCCAAAGAGGAAACUAAAACUAACCAGGAGAGAGUUCCCCUGAAGAUCGCCAUCUGA